UUGCCAUUGACACAAGAGCGAGGCUCAGUUAUCCCGCGUUUAUUCGCGUAAACUAGAGCGCCCGUAGCGCUUAGUGCGUUUUUUUUUUUGGUGUAACUCGACGGACGGAGGUCACGAACAGGGAAAGACUCGAGGAUCGCGAUCCAGACAGGACUCGCGACCUGGAAGUCCUUCCUAAGUCCAUGCGGAAGCACGUGGCCUAAGGUCAAGCGCUGUCGGAGGGAUGAGCAAAGGUUGUGGAAUUUGCGGGAUUUAUCCCCGGUGGUUGCGACAUCGUGCCACCCCGAAAAAUUUCAUCGCUGUGUAUGGCCUCCUCGGCACCGUGCAGGCGAUGGCUUUCAUUUACAUCGUUGUCACCCUCACGACUCUGGAGAAAAGAUUCAAGAUACCUAGUCGGACAACUGGAUUGAUCCUUUCGGGAAACGAGAUCUCUCAGAUUCUAUCUCUGAUAUUAACCUACUACGGAGGCUCGGGGCACCGUCCAAGAUGGAUCGCGAUCGGUGUGGGACUGAGUGCGUCCUCGUGCCUCGUCCUCGCGCUUCCCCACUUCCUCUUCGGGCCAGGAAGGGACGCGCUGGCCUUGACGAAGGAGUACCUCGAUCAGACCCUGCUGAACGCUACCACGAUCCCCGAUGACUUGGCAAUCUGCCCACGCGUGGUCAAACCGGAACGCUGCGACGAGGAGACUCUGCUAGACGUCAGCGUCCUGCCUCGACUUUUGGUGUUCCUCUCCCAGUUCAUCCUUGGAAUCGGCACCACGCUCUACUAUGGCCUGGGCCAGCCGUACCUGGACGACAAUACCAAGAAGAAAAACACCCCCAUGCUUUUGGGUUUCACAUUUGCUUUGAGAACAGUGGGCCCAGCGAUAGGAUUUCUGUUGGGUUAUGGUUGCCUCAGUCUAUACAUAGAUCCCUCUUUACAUCCCGUGAUCACCAAAAACGAUCCACGAUGGUUGGGCGCGUGGUGGCUCGGCUGGAUCAUCCUAGGCGUCACGAUGGGCAUGUUUUCUAUCUUGAUAGCCAUGUUCCCGAGAGAUCUGCCCACGAAGAACUCUGCUGCAAAUGACACUGCCAGUAAGGACGGUAGUACACCAUUGAAGCUGCACCUAACCGCGCAAGAGAGAUACAUGACACCGAUGGAGCCGAGGAAGUCGAUCGACACGGAAUACAUCCCGACGAUUCGCGAAUUCCCAACGGCGAUGAAGAGGUUGCUGACCAACUGGCUGCUGACCUUCAACAAUCUGAGCGGGGUGUUCUACGUUCUGGGUGCAUCGGCUUAUAUAACGUUUCUGGCGAAAUAUCUGGAGGUUCAGUAUAGCACAUCAGCUGCUGGCGGCACAGUAAUUGCAGGUCCGAUAUCCCUGGUGGGUAUGGUGUUAGGAUUUCUAUUCUCCGGACUGACCAUCAGCAAAUUCAAACCGGGACCUAGGCCCUUGCUAGCGUGGAACGUGUUCGUUGGCGUCUGUUUCGUCGCGGGUCAAAUACUCUUCAUAUUCCUUGGUUGCUCGGAUGUCGGCAUCAAGGGACUCGAUUUAGAUACUAUGCAAAUGAAUCUGACGUUCAGUUGCAACCAGAACUGCAAUUGCGACGGGGUGAAAUACUCCCCAGUUUGCCACGAGCCGUCGAAGACCACAUUUUUCUCGGCCUGUCACGCGGGUUGCCGUUCGAUAAUAGACGACAAGGACUUCGGGGAUUGCAGCUGCCUUCCCAUCACCGAUUCCUUGGGCAUCGACGAUCAUUUCGGCUACAGCGACGACAGCAUAUCGCUGUCGACUCAAUCCAUCUACCUGAGCGAUCCACGGAUCCUCAACUUCGACAGGGUCAGGGCUGGCCCGUGCCCCAGCGACUGCAGCCGUCCCUACCUCCUCUUCAUGGUCCUUACCUGCAUCAUACAAACGUUGGCGUGUUCUGGAAAAAUUGGUAACGUCCUGGUGAAUUAUCGGAGCGUCGAGAAGAGGGACAAGAGUUUCGCUCAAGGGAUAACCUUGAUGACGAUUUCCUUGUUCGCGCUGAUACCGGGUCCAAUUAUUUACGGAGCCAUCAUCGACUCCACCUGCUUGAUCUGGGAAGAGUCCUGCGGCACCAGAGGCAACUGCUGGUUUCAUCACGGACGCAACUUCCGGUACUUGGUCAACGUCACGUCGGCGGGUUUCUCGAUGAUUGGAGUGCUGUUCGAUGCAGCGGUUUGUUACCUGGGUAAGGAUCUGGAUCUUUACGGCGCCCAGGAUGCGGACAAGCGUCGCGAAUUUGUGAAAGAGAACACCGAGGCCAGGAUCGCCAUUGGCGAGAAGAAGAAGAAGGAAAUAAAUGGGAAUCUAAAUUAGCCAGCCGGUUGUGCUGAUAAUAAAAAAAAGUGAAAUUAAUAAUAGUUAAAUUUAGGAGGUUCGAGAUACUCGUGUCGCAAAGUUGAGAUUAGAAGAGAACAGUUUUGGGUACCUGAACGUUAGAACCUUUCACGAUCGAUGUCGAAGGUGACAAUAUUAUAGAAGAAACCAUAUAAAACAUGCAAAACAUUUUUAACGCUAGAUUUACGGAGAUUUAAAAUGUCUUUGUUGCACUUUUUUUUUGUUUUGCCGUUUACUUUUUAAGUAACCGAGAAAUUUAAACAGUCCCUGUAAAUUUCUUCCCGAAAUUCAGAAUGCAUGAAAACGGUCGUGCUCCGUAAAUCUAGUGUUAAAGUAUUCCAUAUACUUUAUUCAAUGUUUAGAUAUAGUCGAAAAGCUGGAUGUUAUGGGGCAUAAAAAUUAUUCUAACGACGUCGAUUAUAUUUUCAAUUUACAUUCCAGACUUCUCGGACAUUUGUACGGCUGUACACCGUUAUUCCUAUUUGUUUGUAAAUAAAAGACGAAUUUUUAUUAAA